AUGAACGACGCGCCGCCGGUUCUCUCCUACGAGGGCGGCAUCGCCGGCUUCGACGCGACCGCGCCGCCGCCAAUCGCGGAGGCCACGCAGGCACUCGCCAAGUCGCUGAUGGGCGCCGCGAGCGGGAUGAUGAGCGGAUUGUCGCGCAACGGGCUGCUGAGAAAGCUGCGAAACCGCGUGCGAUUCAACGCGCGGUCGCCGCUGGUGAAGAAUUUCGUGAGCUUUCUCAAGAAGCGACACAAGCGCGCCGUGCAAAAGGCGGAUAUCAGCUCAUCGCAGAUCAUGCACAGCUACACGUACGUCACCAACUCGUUCACCGCGCGCCUAUCGCCGUCCGAGGUCGAGCGCCUCCAGAGCGAUCCGACGGUGGAGGACAUUCGGCGGCCCGGCUUAGUGACGGGGUUCACGAGCAGCGCCAUGGAUUUCCUCAACAUGCCAGGUGGCACGUGGCCAUUCCUCGGCGGCCCGGAGCACGCGGGCGAGGGAAUCGUGAUCGGCGUCAUUGACACGGGCAUCUGGCCGGAGCAUCCCUCGUUUGCUGACGAUCCCGUGAAUCCUUACGGAGCGCCACCAAAGACGUGGAAGGGCGGGUGCAACGCGACGGACGACUUCCCGCCGUGCAAUUCGAAGCUCAUCGGCGCGCAGUGGUAUGUCGACGGGCUGCUGAACGAACAAGAUCCAGAAGACGUGAAUUCGCAAAUCGAUUGGAUGAACGAGUUCCAGUCGCCUCGCGACGCUACUGGCCACGGCACCUGGUGUGCGGGAGCCGCAGCGGGCAACAGGAACGUCCCCAUCAUGCGUGGCAGCCAGUCAUUGGGCAACGCGACGGGUGCGGCGCCUCGUGCACACCUGGCGAUGUACAAGGCGCUCUGGAACACCCCCAACGGCGCGCUUGGCUCGUGGGCCGACGUGCUCGCAGCCGUUGAUCGCGCCGUGGCGGACGGUGUGGAUAUCCUGAGCCUCUCAAUUGGCGCACUUCCUGAGUCUUACUUUGAUGAAGUACCGCUGCUCAAUGCUGCCAGGGCGGGUGUGUUUGUGGUGCAAGCAGCGGGCAACAACGGCAAGCCGCCGCCCUACGCGCUCACGCCCGCCCUCAUCUCCGUCUCGCCCUUCGCCCUCACCGUCGGCGCCAGCACUAUCAGCCGAACGUUCCCGCCCCUGGCCCGCCUCACCUUCGAGAAGAAGAGCCUGUAUGUGGACGGCGGGACGUGGCGGGGCGGCGACGACAGCACGAAGAACAAGGAGAUUGUGCUGGGCGUGGACGUCAAGAGGCCCGGGGCGGCCAACAGCGAAGCGGAGCAAUGCAUCUCGGGAUCACUGGCAGGGUGGCUGGUGCAGGGCAGGAUGGUGCUCUGCGUGUCCGGAGGCAACACAGCCGACGACAAGGCGUCCGUCGUGGCGGCUUCAGGCGGAGCGGCCAUGCUGCUCGCGCCAUCGUCCCCGUCGGCAACUCCCGAGACCAUCAACUUUGACUUCCCAGCCAUCUCCAUGACCUACACAGACGCCUUCAGUUUACGCCAGCUCAUCAAGGCCAACGCCCCCGCCACAACCGUCGGCUCGCUCUCCCCGCUCUUCUGGGACACCAGCGACGAGGCCCCCAAGGUGGCAACCAUUUCCUCCUCGGGCCCGCUCGUCAACCCGCUGCAGCCCGCCGGCCUCUCCAACUUCACCAACGACAUUCUCAAGCCCGACAUCGUCGCUCCCGGCGUCAUGCUUUUCGCCGCCGCGCCGUCGCCCCAAGGCGAGGUGUCGUUCGGCAUUCUCACCGGAACCUCCAUGGCUACUCCGAUUGUCGCUGGUGUUGCUGCGCUUGUCAUGCAGAAGAACCCGACUCUGAGUCCCGCGGCGGUUAAAUCUGCCAUCAUGACAUCGGCUUCGCAACAGAAUAAUGUCGGGAGCCCCAUUCAGAACCAGGACAGGAUUGAAGGCCAGGACAGGAAUGAUGCCACGCCGUUUAAUUUCGGUUCUGGGCAGAUAAACCCGUCUGCAGCUAUCGACCCGGGGCUGAUUUUCGACAUCACCUAUAACGAGUACAUUGCAUUCUUAUACGGGGUCAACAGUAAGGAGGCACGCGCGCAGAGCCUGAGUGUCUUAUCCACAAAACCCGCCCCAAAGCCCAAGGGCGCCACCUCUGCAUCGGCAGUCAAAAUUCAGGCGCCACCGCCAAUCCCUGCGUACCAGCUCAACCUCCCGAACAUUGUCGUUUCACGGCUAAAGAAAACGGUCACUGUAGUUCGGCGCGUGGUGAACGUGAGCGGGAAGCGCAGCAAGUACACUCUCAUCCUUGAGCCUCCAGCGAAUGUGAAAGUUGUGGUGCGACCCACCACCUUCACGCUGCCCAAUAAGGGCUCGCAAUCGAUUACCAUCACAAUCACCCCCGUCAAAAAAUCGUCGGAUUACUCGUUUGGAAGGAUGACGUGGAGCGACGCUGAUGGUCACGUUGUUUCAUCGGUUAUUGGAGUUCAGCCGUACUAA